UAAACCUGUAUCAGCAACUCUGGUUGCUGCCAGAAACCAGACCCAGCAGAAGGGACUGCCCAGUCAGCCUGUCCCCCCUCUGCAUCAGACCUGUGAGCUCUACCUCAGCAUGCUGGAGCCCAUCGUGGAGGAGGACGAGCUGAAGCGCACAAAAGAGCUGGUGAAAGACUUUCUGAAAGCAGGAGGGGUCGGAGAGAGACUGCAGAGAGGCCUGGAGAGGAGAGCACGCAACACUGAGAACUGGGUAACAGAGGAUUAUUUAAAGUAUGAAUUUCUCAACAAACGGCAUUCUUUGGCGGUUCAGUCAAACACUGCGUUGGUCUAUCCCCGAAUGGAAUUCAUGGAUAAACAGGAACAAAUAAGGUGUGCUGCCAAAUACAUAGUGGGUUUUUUGGAACUAAAAACAAUGAUUAUCAAUGAUGCUCUACCAGUUGAGUACAUGAAAGGGAAGCCACUGUGUAUGAAGCAGUAUGAGCAGUUGAUAUCAUCCUGCCGUAUCCCUGGUCUGAAGGAGGAUUCAUUGGUGUUCUAUGGCAGGAGCUCCAACCCCCCCAAACACAUCACUGUAGUACACAACAAUCAGUUCUUUGUGCUGGAUGUGUACAACAGUGUUGGGACUCUGCUGACAGUCGAUCAGCUCUGUGUUCAGCUGCAGAGGAUCUGCAACACCUCACUACAGACCGACAUGGAGCCUGUCGGCAUCCUCACCUCUCAGCAUCGUGACAUCUGGAGCAAAACCUACAUCAGCCUAAUGAAGGAUAAAACCAACAAAGAAUCACUGUCUGCUAUCCAAAGUAGCAUCGUCACAGUGUGUUUGGACAAAGCGAUGCCCCCAGUGUCUGAUGAAAUGUAUCGCAGAUGUGUUAUUCCCUGGAUGCUGACUGGAGGAGGAAGCCAGUGGAACAGUGGAAACCGCUGGUUUGACAAGGGGCUGCAGUUAAUUAUUGGAGAAGACGGGAUAUGUGGUAUAAACUACUCUCAUGCCUGUGCUGAUGGUGUUACCCAAAUGGUGUUGGGUGAACAUGUUUUACAAAACAAAAACCAGGAAAAGCCACAGAUGAUGCCGCCUCUUGUGAUGCCUUUGCCCAUGCCCCAGAAACUACACUUCAACAUCACGCCUGAGGUCAAGAAGGACAUUGAGGAGACCAAGCAUAACAUGGACAUAAUGGCCCGAAACCUGGAUGUGAGGGAUAGGGUAUUUGACCACUUUGGAGGAAAUGUCCUAAAGGCAGGCAAGAUGAGCCCUGAUGCUUUCGUACAGAUGGCGGUACAGCUGGCUUACUACAGGAUGUACCGGCGGUGCUCUCCAAUAAUAGAACCUGUCUCCCUGCGUACGUUCAGACUUGGUCGUCUAGCUAAUAUGAAUUCAACCUCAAGUGCAUCAGCUACCUUUGUUCAGGCCUUUGAUGACCCCAAAAAACAGAACUCAGAGAAAGUUGAUUUAUUGGAGAAAGCUCUCAAAGCACACAAAAAGAGCACCAACAUGACAAUCAGUGGACAGGACGCAUACGGACACCUCUUUGGUCUUAAGAUGCAGGCUGUUGAGGAAAACAUCUCCAUGCCUGAUCUCUUCACAGACACCUCCUUUGCUAAAGCCUUUGACUUCAGACACUUUACCUCUCAGGUAAUAUCCAAGUUUGACUGUCUGGCUUGUAUUGGCCCUGAACAACCCAGUGCAUACCUGGUGUACUACAGUAUUAAGAAUGAUCACAUUUACCUUAUGGUGUCCACUUUUGAGGCUUCCAACACCUGCAAAGAAACCAAUGCAGUACAUCUAAUCCAAGCCAUGGAGGAUGCUCUGUUGGACAUGAAGACCCUGCUGGAACAAACACCAAGAGCCAAACUGUGAAUCUAAUCCAGACUUAAAGCAGUAGUUCAAUAUUUUGGGAGAUUUGAUUCUUUUUUUCGCUGAUAGUUUGAUGAGAAGAUCAUACCACUCUCAUGUCUUAGUACAAGACAAGAAAACAAAAGGAAGAGUUAGUCUAGCACGUAGCUCCCCAUAAAACUACAAGUUGUUAUUAAACAAAAUAAUGCGUUACAUAGGGAGCUUCAGAGAUGCUGAUGGGUGGAACUGUUUCCAGUCUUCGUGCUAAGGUACAAGCAUGGUGGAGUGCUGAGGAUGAAUUAAAGCUGAUGUAGGCAACGAAAGCCACUACACAUUUUUAUACAGAGUGAGUGCAUGAGCAGAGCACGCAUAGGUAGACAGGCAGGUAGGCCAGCCAAUGUAAUACAAUAUUUUACAUUUAUUUAGCUUUAAGGAGUUGGUGAUGUUUCCAGUCAGGAUGCUUUAAGCUCAUCUAUGCAGACUUUAGCCUUAUCUUUAUCGAACAGAUAUGAGAGGGUUAUCAUUCUUCUCAUCUAACUCUCAGCAAGCAAAUAAGCACUUUUUUCCAAAACGCCAAGCUAUUGCUUGACUAACCUGACCCAACCUGAAGUAGACUUUAUGGAGCUAAUCUCGCAGAUGAAGUCUCACAGUGGUUCAGACAGGCAGGGAACCUGUUUAAUAGUCUCAUGUUCUGUAUACUUUCCAAAUCUGCGUACACCACCUGCUGCUUCCCAACUAAUUUUUAUUCCCUCACUUCUUCACUAGCAUUUAAACUAUGUACGUUUGUUGUCUACUUAGGCUAUGUGUUCAUGUUCAGUCAAAAAAUUGGUAUGUGACGCUUUGCUCUAAGAGUGUGUUAUUGUUGUGAUAAAGGGUUAAAACCUUGAUGAAGCAUAUAAAUGCCAUCAUAAGGAGCAAAGAUGUUUGCGCACUGCUUCUCUUCAUGACACACUACACUAUAUUCUUUAAAUUAUUUCUUACUUAAUCCUGUACACACAAGAAACCGAUAAUAUCAUAAACAGCUUGCCAUUAAAUAUACUGAGGACAUU